UCACACCUUACAUCGAAGCAGAGGGAGAACAUGGCGUAUAACCGAAAUUGGACCAGAUAUGGAGACGAAGGACUGGGUCAGCAAUGGUCUUCUUCUUUGGAAUUUGUCUGAAAUCCUUCAUAAACGAAUCUUGCUAUAUACCCUCAUUUCCUAGACAAGGGAGCCAAAACUCUCUGAGAAUAAUGACGGCAACAACCCUCUUCUCCCUCUCCCUCGCCAUCCUCUCGGUCGGCCGUAACAACCGCCACAUCAUCGGAUGGGGCGCGGACCGUGGCCUAUACCACUCCUCCUGGAACGGACGCGACUCCACCGACGUCGGCACCCCCUCCUCCUGCCCCGCCUGGAACGUCCUCGGUGGCAAAUUCAGCUCCGCCCCCGCGGCCGCCGCGUGGGGCAACGCGAUCGACGUCGACGACGACCCUCUCCUCUCCACCUUCGCGGUGAACGACGACGGCAGCGUGUGGCACAAGUCUGCCAGCGCGGACAACGCGACCACCUGGUCCGUCUGGGAGACUCUGGGCGGCGUGUUUCGGACCGACUCCCCGCCCGCGGCGAGCUCGUGGGCGCGCGACCACAUGAGCGUGUUCGCGGUCGGCAAGGACGAUUCGCAACUAUACCAUAGCGCGCAUUUCAAGGGCCGCUGGACGCCGUGGCAGAGUCUCGGCGGGGAGUUCGCGAGCCAUCCGGCGUCUGUUUCGUGGGGUUCGAACCGUCUCGAUGUCUUCGGGAUUGGGGCGGAUACCGGGUUGUGGCACCGGAGUAACUCUGGGAAUGGAUGGGAGGGAUGGGAACCGAUGGGGGGGGCCUUUACGAGCCCGCCAGCGGCGGUGUCGUGGGGACAGGGGCAUAUGUGUGUUUUCGGCGUUGGCACCAACAAGGAGAUGUGGUACAAGUCGUGGGCUGGGACUGGAUGGAGCAGCUGGCAGUCACUCGGAGGGAGCUUCCAGAGCACGCCGGGAGCCGUGUCAACAGGCAGCGGCAGGAUGGACGUCUACGGUGUUGGGACCGAUGGGCAAGCAUGGCAUCGAGAAUGGCGGGGCAAUCGGUGGAGUGAGUGGGAGACAUUGCGCGGGUCCUGUCGGAGCGCGCCCGGAGUCGCGACCUGGGACGAUGGGAAAAUAUCCGUCAUUUGUUCGGGGAGGCAGAAUAAGAUGGUUCACAAACAAUGGGACGGCGGGAAAUGGACGCCAGAAGGACCGGAUUGGGAGGACUGUGGCGGAUCGUUCAUGCAGGCGCCUCCGGAGGAGAGCAGCGCUCCUCAAAGCACGCCUGCACAGGAGCCACAGCAGAUCAUCACGGUCUACGAGACGGUCACUGUUACCGCGGCACCUGGUGGUCCUGCUCUAACGCAGAUCGAUUCGUCCUCGACAACUCCCGAGCCGACUGUCGGAUCCGGGGAUGAGCCCGAGUCGAAGUCGACGACGUCCAUCACUUCAUUCACCUCUCCUGACAAUCCAAGGUCGAGAUCAAGGAUAGUGACAACCACAUUCACGCUCUCUGUGAGCAAGGUCGUCAGUCCAGCCGAUCCGGAAGCAUUGUUCGGAAAUUUGGAGUAGGAUUGUGAAAUCUGGGAAGUAGGAGGCCACCACAGCGACGGCAUUCUAUUCAUUCGACUAACUUCUGCUAUCUGACCGCUGGGAGAAAGGUGCAGCGCAAUCAUAAGUUUCACCAGUCAAUGCAAUCGCAAGAUAUAUUGUCCUACAUUGGCGUUAUCAACGCCACCCGAUAGCUCAUGUAAAAGGCGUUGAAUCCGGAAGUCUCAGAUGAUUCCGAUGCACAGUCAAGCACGAGGUGCAAGGAUUUGCUGAUACAACCCACGAAUGACGAUACAUACAUUCAUACAGCCAGAAAAGCAAUUUUGGUUCCGAAUUGG